AUGCCGAUUGAUCACUUCCAUAACGAAUCUCGAUACGAACCUCAUACCAAUGCCACAUUUCAACAGCUGUACUGGCUGGAUACUACCAACUACGUUGCCGGAGGCCCUGUCAUUGUCCUGGCCAUUGGCGAGGACUCGGCCACGGUUGACUUUGAAUGGCUCCAGAAAGGUCUUCUUCACAAGAUCGCCAACGCCACGGGAGGGGUUGCGGUCCUAUACUACAGUGGCGGCGACGUUGUUCCCAGUGGCCAACCAUAUACAACUAAAAAUCUUCGCUUCCACAGUACUGAGCAAGCCAUGGCCGAUCUUGCCUACUUUGCCCAAAGAGCGAGUUUCGCAGGGCUUGAAGAUCGGAACCUCACCGCCUCUACAACCCCAUGGAUUGUCCUGGGAGGCUCGUACGGGGGAGCGAUAUCUGCCUUCACCCGUAUCCAGUAUCCCGACCUCUUUUGGGGUGGGCUAUCAUCUUCCGGAGUCACUGUCGCCAUCGAGAACAAUUGGCAAUAUUUUGACGUGGUACGGCGAUAUGGGCCUUCGGAAUGCGUCAAAAGACAGCAAGAACUGACGAACCUGAUGGACAACAUCUACUACAGCGGCAACAAGACUGCCUUGUCUGAGCUUUACAGUGGUUUCAAUAUCUCCGACGCCACGGAAUACCCCGAUUUCGCAUAUUAUAUUACCGGUCCGUUGAACAGUUGGGACCAAUCCUGGAAUUUCCCACCCGAUCCUCUGAACGGCCCGGGCUCGUACUGCGGCUUCAUUACUUCUCAAGCAAACGCGACAGUGGCGAGUGCGGCUCUUCAGACAACGGCACAUUCUCUCCUCGCAUAUGCUAACAAGACUGCUACUCCCAACGUGACGGACCUCUACUACCCACUCCUAAACUUGUUCUCGUACGUGCAAACCAAGUACAAUUUCUGUGCCGGAAAGGCAGUGAGCGAGUGUCUGUUCUUGAACACUCCCGUGCCAUUCCAGUGGAUCGAAUGCACAGAGUACGGAUCGUUCUCCACUGGAUACAUCCCUGGGACACCAGGGCGCCCAACAGCCCUACCGCUGGCCUCGCGCACUCUGACGCUAGAGUACUAUCUCGACCAAUGUCACUCCACCUACAACAUCACGUACGACCCACAGCUCCAGCGGUUCAAUAAAUACGGCGGUUUCAACAUGUCCUAUCCGCGCCUCGCCCUCUCGACCGGCCAGCUCGAUUACUAUCGACCGCUCACGCCACUGGCGGAGUUCCUCGAGGAUGGGAAGCCCAAUCCGCGCGUCAAGGACAAUGGUACGGACAGCAAUCCGCAAAUCGUGAUCGAGAGCGGGUACCACGAAUGGGAUUUCCCGGGCCUGUUGCCCAACGAGACGGACUUUCACAUGCCGGCGGUAGUGGCCAGUGCUCAAAACAGAGAGAUCGAGGCGGUGAAGCUCUGGCUGCAGGAAUGGAACCAGACUCACAAGGUCUGA